AUGGCGGCGGGCAAUCCUCACGCGCCGACGAACCCGAGCGGCCUGCGCCAGAGCAUCACAGCCGGAUCGUACGGAUCCAUCGACUCGGGCUUGUCCUCCUCCCCCGACCAGCCCGGUACCGGCUACUUUGACCGGAGACACUCGGCCGGCCCGAGCCGCCCAAACCCCACCGAAGCGACCUCCCUCCUCGACUCGGCCCUCGACUUCAGGGAACACGAACACGUCCACGACGGCCCCUGCGACCACGGCACCUUCUCCCCUCGCCCGACAAGCCCCCGGUCGUUCUUCGGUGGCAGUGGCAGUGCCAGACACGGCGACAGCGCAGCUCAAUCCGAAAGCGAAGCCGAGCCGGCAACGGGUGGUGCUUCCGCCCCGGCAGAGGGGCAAAACAAUGCACCACGGCAGCGCCGGCCAAAAACAUGGGCGGCGAGGAUGCGCAGCAAAAAGAUGAGCACGAGUAGGGAUCUUGCUGAGCGGCAUGGCAUCCGGGACAAUGCGCUCAUGUACAUGUCGUAUUACAUGCCUGUGCUGGUCUGGGCCAGGGAGUACAGCUGGAGCUACUUCAAGGGCGACUUUGUGGCCGCGCUGACGGUGGCGGGCAUGUACGUCCCCAUGGCGCUGUCGCUGGCGGACAAUCUGGCCCAUGUCCCGCCCAUCAAUGGGUUGUAUUCGUUUGUUUUCAACCCGUUCAUAUACGCGCUUUUGGGGAGCUGUCCGGCGAUGGUUAUCGGGCCUGAGGCCGCGGGGUCGCUGCUUGUGGGGACGGUGAUCAAGGGGAGCGUGGAUAAGGGGGAGGGAGGGGACAAUGAUGCGAUUUUGCAUGCGAGGAUUUGUGGCAUUGUGGCCGGGCUGGCGGGGGCGAUGGUGCUGAUUGCCGGCGUGGCGAGGCUCGGGUUUUUGGAUAGUGUGCUGUCGAGGCCGUUCCUUCGGGGCUUUAUCAGUGCUAUUGGUGCCGUGAUUGCGGUUGACCAGCUGAUUCCCGAGCUGGGGUUGCAGAAGCUGGCGGAGGAGGCGCGUGUUGGACACGCGAGCAGUGUUGACAAACUGUGGUUUAUUCUCGGGAACUUGGACAAGGCGCACACGCUGACGUUCACUGUGGCUGCUACGAGCUUUGUUGUCAUCAUGGUCUGUCGGGAGAUCAAACGGAGACUGCAGCCCCGAUAUCCGGGGGUGGCCUACAUUCCAGAUCGGUUCCUGGUGGUGGUUCUGUCGGCCUUUUUGACGUACUAUUUUGAAUGGGACAAGGCCGGUGUUGCUGUCCUGGGCAAGGUCGAGGCAGCAAGUGGGCACUCGUUCACUUUCCGCUGGCCGUUCAAGUGGUCCAACAUGGUGUACAUCCGCGAAGCCACAAGCACCGCCUUCCUGAUUGCUCUGCUAGGUUUCUUCGAGUCGUCUGUUGCCGCAAAGAGUCUGGGCGGAGCGUCGUUCGCGGAGAUCCAGCUCAGUCCCAACCGGGAGCUCGUUGCAUUGGGCGUCGCCAAUAUCGUUGGCGGGUGCUUCAUGAGCUUGCCUGGGUUUGGCGGCUAUGGCAGGAGCAAGGUGAACAGGUCGACCGGUGGGAGAACACCCAUGUCGUCCAUCAUCCUGAGCGGCCUGACACUGCUCUGCAUUACCUUUUGCUUGCCCUAUCUCUACUAUCUCCCGAAACCAGUACUUUCAUCCCUGAUCUCGGUCGUUGCGUGGUCACUGAUCGAGGAAUGCCCUCACGACAUCUCCUUCUUUCUCAAGAUCCACGCGUGGAACGAGCUGGGCCUCAUGCUCACCAUCCUCCUGACCACCAUAUUCUUUAGCCUGACGUUCGGCAUGGCCAUUGGCGUCUUCUUGUCACUCCUGCAAGUCAUCCGGCAUGCCACGCGCCCACGCAUCCAGAUCCUCGGUCGCAUUCCGGGCACCAACCGGUUCGAGAACGCCGAGGCCAAUCCAGACAGAUUGGAGUUUAUUGAGGGAUGCCUGAUCGUCAAGAUCCCAGAACCUUUAACUUUUGCCAACACGGGUGAGCUCAAGACAAGACUGCGGCGGCUGGAGCUGUACGGGACUAGCAUGGCGCAUCCUGCCCUGCCCAGACUGCGCAGGGAAGACUCCAACAGAAAUAUCAUCUUUGACAUUCACGGCGUCACGGGCCUGGAUGGGAGCGGUGCGCAGGUCUUGGAGGAGAUUGUCAGAGACUACCGCCAGAGAGGCGUUAGAAUCUUCUUCAGCCGGGUGCCAUCGCGGGAUUCCAAGGUGGGCAGAACACUGAUUCGUAGCGGGAUUAUGGACCUGGCAGGGGGAGACGACCACUUUGUGAAUGAUGUGUCCGAGGCACUCAAGCUGAGCGAGGUUGAAGAGGGAGGAGAGGGCGUGCUCAACUGA